CUAAUCGCAAACUCCUAACAAAACAUCCAUCAAAUCCACUGCCCGCAUAAAUCAUAAUCCGCUCUAAAAACCCAAGGCAAAUACAAAAAUAAAAAUUAAUCCUCGCAAUAUUUAUGGCGCCUGCGUGGUCAUUACUACGGGCAAUGUUUUUGGUUUGCAUCAACACGGUCCCGUUAGGCAGGUAGCCAACCCUUCCCUACCAUUACAAAGCCACGCCCUCAUCGCGACAGACGACAAGCAACCCUUCAUUCGUAGCUGUCACUUCGCAAUAGCCACAUCUAAUCAUCUAACUUUUGUCGGUCUUCGAUUUAAAUCUAACUUCGACAUCGAUUCGAUCUGCAUUUGUUUCGAAUUUGAGUUUCCCGCUUGUCAUUUAUUUAAUCAGUGACAAUGUCAAUGUCUUUAUGGACACCGUAUGCGGAGGAGGCGGCCUUGGACCUGACGAAAGCGGUACCGGUGAAGGCGGAACGCGCCUCGCCGGUACCCGAGUACCGCUACCCGAGCCCUGUACCGCAGUACCCUUACUACGCUGCGCCUCAGCUGUCACCAACAUCUGGAAGUACCUGCUCAUACGAUGAAGCGUAUUUGAAUCGAGGAACGCUGUCACCGCCGGAUUCACCAUCGUCAGAGAGACUCAAGGAUUCGCUGUCAGAUGACCCGGAGUUUCAAGCGUUCGAGCGGGACGCGCUACGAGCGAUGGCGGAGAAAAACGGAGGCUCCCUAUUGGGCAAUAAUCCUAGAAUGCGUCGCGCUGUGCGUUCGACCAAUCAGAACGCUGCUGAUGACUCCUAUAGGUCUCAGCGUCAGAGGAACAACUUCGCAGCGAAGCAGAGCAGAGACCGAAGGAAGUUGAGAGAGAUCCACCUAGCCCUGAAAGCUACGUACUUGGGUAACGAGGUGGCUAGACUGAAGGCGCAGCUGGCUGGCCGGUGUUGUGGGAGAUGUCAGCAUCCCUGCGAAUGCUGA